CUAUUCUAGAAUAUUUGUUUUUAAUAAUUCGAAUGUAAGAUUACAAUAGGUUAAUACGAUUACAAUCAAGUUAAAUUGAGCUAGUAAUUCCCACUGUAAAAAACUGUUUAAAUUAUUUAAUUAUUUAGCAUCUAAAUGAUUUGUUUUACAUUUCAGUUUCAUGUACGAUGAAAACAGUCAAUCAUAAUCACCACCUGACUUUAAAAAGCAGGAACGUUUAACAUCAGGUGACGGCAGAGCGUGCUUUUGAUAAAUCAAAAGUUUUUGAUAAAUACAGCGUUGACUGGUGUGGCUAUUGAUGUAGUUAAUAAAAGUUAUUAACAAAUAACCAGUGAAUAAAUUGGUAAAAUGCAUAAUAACGAACUAUUCACUAAAAUUUCACACUCUUUUAGAUUUUUUUUGUCCGCGGUCUACUUCGAAUUACAUUAGACUUAAAACGAGGACUUUUAUUUUGACAACAAACUCCGGAAGUUUUCUCCGGAAGUCCUCGUUGAGUGCAAAGAGUUGAACCUGGCUGCGUAUGUUCAAAACAAACCGGUUUAUUUUUGUGGAAAACCUCCGCGUGAAUUAAAGUUGUGCUCUUUGGUGUGAAGACAUGAAUGUGCCGCUUAUACUUCGAGUCAAGUGAAAAAUUUUAGGUAUUUAGUGAAAACAAAAAUGCACAAAUGAUGAGUAAAUACUCAUACAUAAAACAACAAUUUGAAGGCUUUAUUCCACCAAUCCUACAGGUUUAGACUCUUCUGAGUGCCUUGCAUGGAGAACAUUGUGGUUUACAUUCCCAAGGAAGCAUGUGUCAAAAACAUGCCUCUGCAGUCCCUGUCCAGAUCCACAGCCAGGAAGAUCAGUGUCGCUCUGUUUCCGCAUGGAUCAGAGAAACAGAUGCUACAGACAGUGACUUGGAUCGGUCCGGUUGAGCUACGGGAAAAGGAAGUGGCUGUGGGCAAGGGCAGAAGAGAACCGAUCCCACUGAGCCAGAGGCCACUGCUCUCCAAAAUAACUCCAGGCCAGUUUUCGCUGCCUGUUGUGAGUUCCAGUGUCACUGCCUUUAAGGUCUUAAGAACGGUUUUAAAAGCGCAGAAGCCUAAAAUACAAUUUUCAGGGCUGGAAAAUGAUGCCGCUUCUCUACCCAGCAUCAGGGAUUCUGUUCCGAAAAAUGCUAUUAUUGUGUAUCACGGCCAGAUCUUUCUGUCGGUGAGGAAGUCACAUUGCAGGCGAGUGAGAUUACAAAACUCUCCCUCAGUGUCUCCUUGUAAACAGAACCAAAUAAAGACACCUGGCUGUCAGGUGCAGCUGCUCCUGGACACUUCACACAGACCACAACAGAGCAAGAGACAGGAUGUUCAAACUCCAGUCAGAGAUCUUGAUAUUAACGUACGGAUUUCACCGCUUCUGCACAAAGCUUCUGAAGAAAUAACUGAGAAAUGCUUUACUGACAAAGAGUGUCAAAAGGAAGAUGAGUCCAGGUCGACGCGUAGCCCACCCAAACCUCUUGAGGAUCUGGAGUCUGGUCAGGAGACGUCUAGUUCCCAGCCCAAUCUCCUCCGGCAGUCACAGAUCAUCCACUCAUCUCCUGUCGUCUCAGAACCGCCUGAAGCUGCGGGAGGAGAAAGAGAGAUGCAUGAGGAUGACAAUGAGCGCUUAGAGGGCGCGUUGCUCCCCAGGGCUGAGAGCUGUCUUGCGUUUGAUUUUGAACAGUUGGCCCAGGAGGAGAGAAUCAACCACCUACGAGCUCGGCUCAGACAGAAGGAAGCAGCUCUCAGCGUCUUUAACGCAAAGCCAACAGAUCAGAUUUAGAGGAACAGACUGCACCAAAGAGAACUGUUCAGGAGGUGUACAAGCUACUAGUGAACCAUUUUAGGGCGAACAGCAGAAUAAUGUUUUAAAGCUUUAAAGAAAGAGUCUUCAUUAACUCCCCCUCACGAUGUCUCAACCCUUUACGAAAGAAAGUCAUUUAGAUUUGGGGCAUCUUGAGGGUGAGUAAAUUAUGGCAAAAAUACCACUUUAAGGUGAGGGUGUUUGUUAAUUCAAUUGUUUAUUAUUUAGUAGCACAAAUAUUGGCGUUUUGAUAAAAUAUUUAUGCCAAAAAGAUGUAAGGAGGUAUUUAUGUGUUUGUGCAAUAAAUACAGUGAAUAUUUUGUGAACAGCAUCGUUUGUUACCACAAAAUCAUUUUGGAUUUCAUUCAUUAAAAUUUUGAAAUUAUUAUACAUUAAUUAUCCGUUCAAAUAAAAGGUUUUAUGUC